CUCAGCCACCGCGGACGCUAUUGUUCCCCGUUGUUAGACUCUCUUUCGCCUCUUUUCAUCGCAAGCGAACAAUAGCAGGAGAGGGCUUUGCUGUCGGUCCUCCUCGGGAAGAGGUUCCGAGUGGGGAGAAAAAUUCCCGGCGAACGCACUUCGGGUCCGGACCCUGGAGCGGCUGCGGGCGGCAUGGCGUCUGGGAGCCUGGGCGCAGCGGGACCCCGCUGGGGCGUCCUACAGUCUCGCCUGCUGCUCCUACUCCUGCUCUUGCUGGGCCCCGGCCCCGGCUGGGUUUCGGCGCAGGGCGAGGCAGAGGCACCCAGCCCCUAUCUGUGGAAGACAGGUCCGUGGGGCCGGUGCAUGGGAGAGGAGUGUGGCCCGGGAGGCAUCCAGACCAGGGCUGUGUGGUGUGCGCACGUGGAGGGCUGGACCACGCUGCACACCAACUGCAAGCAGGUCGGGAGGCCUAAUAACCAGCAGAAUUGUUUCAAAGUGUGCGACUGGCACAAAGAGUUGUACGACUGGAGACUCGGGCCCUGGAAUCAGUGCCAGCCGGUGAUUUCGAAAAGCCUGGAGAAACCCCUGGAGUGCACGAAGGGGGAAGAAGGCAUUCAGGUGAGAGAGAUCGCGUGCAUCCAGAAAGACAAAGACCUUCCGGCCGAGGACAACAUCUGCGAGUACUUUGAGCCCAAGCCUUUCCUGGAGCAAGCUUGCCUCAUUCCUUGCCAGCAGGACUGCAUCGUGUCGGAGUUUUCCCCGUGGUCCGAGUGCUCCAAGACCUGCGGCAGCGGGCUCCAGCACCGCACACGGCACGUGGUGGCUCCGCCCCAGUUUGGAGGCUCCGGAUGCCCCAACCUGACGGAGUUCCAGGUGUGCCAGUCCGGGCCGUGCGAGGCCGAGGAGAGCAUGUACAGCCUCCAGGUGGCGCCCUGGAGCACGUGCUCCAUGCCCCACCUGCGAACAGCCAGACAAACCAGGAGGCGGGGCAAGAAUAAAGAGCGGGAAAAGGAAAGAGGCAAAGGAGUCAAGGACCCAGAGGCCCGGGAACUUAUCAAGAAAAAAAGAAAUAGAAACAGGCAGAACAGACAGGAGAAUAAAUACUGGGACAUCCAGAUUGGAUAUCAGACCAGGGAGGUUAUGUGUACUAACAAGACAGGAAAAGUUGCUGAUUUGAGCUUUUGCCAACAAGAGAAGAUGCCAGUGACUUUCCAGUCCUGUGUGAUCACCAAAGAGUGUCAGGUAUCCGAGUGGUCGGAAUGGAGCCCAUGCUCAAAACUGUGCCAUGACAUGGCGUCCCCUACAGGCACUCGUGUAAGGGCACGAACUGUCAGGCAGCUUCCUGUUGGCAGUGAAAAGGAGUGUCCAGAGCUUGAAGAGAAAGAAGCCUGCGUGUCCCAAGGAGAAGGAGUUGCUCUCUGUGCCACGUAUGGCUGGAGAACUACGGAGUGGACAGAGUGUCGCGUGGACCCUUUGCUCAGUCAGCAGGACAAGAGGCGAGCCAACCAGACUGCCCUCUGCGGAGGCGGCGUUCAGACCCGGGAGUUGUACUGCGUGCAAACCAAUGAGAGCCUCCUCUCGUACUUAAAUAACCACAAGGACAAAGAAGCCUCAAAACCAGUGGAUUCCAAAUUAUGUACUGGCCCAGUACCUAAUACUACACAACUGUGCCACAUUCCCUGUCCAGUCGAAUGUGAGGUGUCGCCUUGGUCAGCUUGGGGACCUUGUACUUAUGAAAAUUGUAAUGACCAGCAAGGCAAAAAAGGCUUCAAACUGAGGAAGCGGCGCAUUACCAAUGAGCCCACCGGAGGCUCUGGGGGGACUAGAAACUGCCCUCACUUACUGGAAGCCAUUCCCUGUGAAGAACCAUCCUGCUAUGACUGGAAAGCAGUGAGGCUCGGAGACUGUGAACCAGAUAAUGGAAAGGAGUGUGGUCCAGGCACACAAGUUCAAGAGGUUGUGUGCAUCAGCACUGAUGGAGAGGAAGUGGACAGACAGCUCUGCAGAGAUGCCAUCCUGCCUAUUCCUGUGGCCUGUGAUGCCCCGUGCCCAAAGGACUGUGUGCUCAGUGCAUGGUCCACCUGGUCCUCCUGCUCUCAUACUUGCUCAGGGAAAACUACAGAAGGGAAGCAGAUACGAGCACGGUCCAUUCUGGCCUAUGAGGGUGAAGAAGGUGGAAUUCACUGUCCAAACAGCAGUGCUUUGCAAGAGACACGCAGCUGCAAUGACCAUCCUUGUACUGUAUACCACUGGCAAACUGGUCCCUGGGGACAGUGCAUUGAGGACACCUCAGUGUCAUCCUUCAACACAACUACAGCUAGGAAUGGGGAGGCCUCAUGUUCUGUUGGCAUGCAGACGAGAAAAGUCAUCUGUGUGCGAGUCAACGUGGGCCAAGUAGGACCCAAAAAGUGUCCUGAAAGCCUUCGGCCUGAAACUGUGAGGCCUUGUCUACUUCCUUGUAGGAAGGACUGCAUUGUGACUCCCUAUAGCGACUGGACACCAUGCCCCUCUUCAUGUAAAGAAGGGUACUCCAGAGUCAGGAAGCAGUCUCGACAUCGGGUCAUCAUUCAGGUACCAGCCAAUGGAGGCCGAGACUGCAUGGAUCCUCUCUAUGAAGAGAAGGCUUGUGAGACCCCUCAAGUGUGCCAAAGCUACAGAUGGAAGACUCACAAGUGGCGAAGGUGCCAGUUGGUCCCUUGGAGUGUACAGCAGGACAUCCCUGGAGCACAGGAAGGCUGUGGGCCUGGACGACAGGCAAGAGCCAUUACUUGUCGAAAGCAAGACGGAGGGCAGGCUGGUAUCCACGAAUGCCUCCAGUACUCUGGGCCUGUGCCAGCCCUCACUCAGGCUUGCCAGAUCCCCUGCCAAGACGACUGUCAAUUCACCAGCUGGUCCAAAUUUUCUUCAUGUAACGGAGACUGUGGUGCAGUUAGGACCCGAAAGCGCACUAUCAUUGGAAAAAGUAAAAAGAAGGAAAAAUGUAAAAAUUCCCAUUUGUACCCGCUGAUUGAGACUCAGUAUUGUCCUUGUGACAAAUACAAUGCACAGCCCAUGGGGAACUGGUCAGACUGCAUUUUACCAGAGGGGAAGGUGGAAGUGUUACUGGGAAUGAAAGUACAAGGAGACAUUAAGGAAUGUGGACAAGGAUAUCGUUACCAAGCAAUGGCAUGCUAUGAUCAAAACAACAGGCUUGUGGAAACAUCCAGAUGUAACAGCCAUGGAUACAUUGAAGAGGCCUGCAUCAUCCCCUGCCCCUCAGACUGCAAGCUCAGCGAGUGGUCCAAUUGGUCCCGCUGCAGUAAGUCCUGUGGUAGUGGUGUGAAGGUGCGGUCUAAAUGGCUUCGUGAAAAACCAUACAAUGGAGGAAGGCCCUGCCCCAAACUGGACCAUGUUAAUCAGGCACAGGUGUAUGAGGUCGUCCCAUGCCAUAGUGACUGCAACCAGUACAUAUGGGUCACAGAGCCAUGGAGUGUUUGCAAGGUGACCUUUGUGAAUAUGCGGGACAACUGUGGAGAAGGCGUGCAAACCCGAAAAGUGAGAUGCAUGCAAAAUACAGCAGAUGGCCCUUCUGAACUUGUGGAGGAUUACCUCUGUGACCCAGAAGAGAUGCCCCUGGGCUCUAGAGAGUGCAAAUUACCAUGCCCUGAGGACUGUGUAAUAUCUGAAUGGGGCCCAUGGACCCGAUGUACUUUGCCUUGCAAUCAAAGCACUUCCAGGCAAAGAUCAGCUGAUCCCAUCAGACAACCUGCUGAUGAAGGAAGACCCUGCCCUGAAGCUAUUGAAAAGGAACCCUGUAACCUGAACAAAAACUGCUACCACUAUGAUUAUAAUGUGACAGACUGGAGUACGUGUCAGCUGAGUGAGAAGGCAGUUUGCGGAAAUGGCAUUAAAACAAGAAUGUUGGACUGUGUCCGAAGCGAUGGCAAAUCAGUGGACCUGAAAUAUUGUGAAGAGCUUGGCCUUGAGAGACACUGGCAGAUGAACACAUCCUGUGUGGUGGAAUGUCCUGUGAACUGUCAGCUGUCUGACUGGUCUCCUUGGUCAGAAUGUUCUCAAACAUGUGGCCUCACAGGAAAAAUGAUCCGAAGAAGAACAGUGACCCAGCCCUUUCAGGGUGAUGGAAGACCAUGUCCUUCCCUGAUGGAACAGUCCAAGCCCUGCCCAGUGAAGCCCUGUUAUCGGUGGCAGUAUGGCCAGUGGUCUGCGUGCCAAGUGCAGGAGGCCCAGUGUGGAGGAGGAACCAGAACAAGGAACAUUUCGUGUGUAGUCAGUGAUGGGUCAACUGAUGAUUUCAGCAAAGUGGUGGAUGAGGAAUUCUGUGCUGACAUUGAACCCAUUGUAGAUGGUAAUAAAAAAAUGGUUCUGGAGGAAACCUGCACCCAGCCUUGCCCAGGGGACUGUUACUUGGAGGACUGGUCUUCAUGGAGCCCAUGUCAGCUGACCUGUGUGAAUGGGGAGGAUCUUGGCUUUGGUGGAAUACAGGUCCGAUCCAGAGCAGUGAUUAUACAAGAACUAGAGAAUCAACAUCUGUGCCCAGAACAGAUGUUAGAAACAAAGUCAUGUGAUGAUGGACAGUGCUAUGAGUAUAAGUGGAUGGCAAGUGCUUGGAAGGGCUCCUCCCGGACAGUCUGGUGUCAAAGAUCAGAUGGCAAAAACGUAACAGGGGGCUGCCUGGUGAUGAGCCAGCCUGAUGUUGACAGGUCUUGUAACCCUCCGUGUAGUCAACCCCAUUCGUACUGUAGUGAGACAAAAACAUGCCACUGCGAAGAAGGAUACACUGAAGUCAUGUCUUCCAACAGCACUCUUGAGCAGUGCACACUUAUUCCCGUGGUGGUGAUACCCACAGUGGAAGACAAGAGGGGAGAUGUGAAAACCAGUCGGGCAGUACAUCCAACCCAACCCUCCAUUAAUCCAGCAGGACGGGGAAGAACUUGGUUUCUACAGCCAUUUGGGCCAGAUGGAAGACUAAAGACCUGGGUUUAUGGUGUUGCAGCUGGGGCAUUCGUAUUACUUAUCUUUAUUGUCUCCGUGAUUUAUCUGGCUUGCAAAAAGCCAAAGAAACCCCAAAGAAGGCAAAACAACCGUCUGAAACCUUUAACUUUAGCUUAUGAUGGAGACGCAGACAUGUAAAAUAGAACUUUUCCUGACAACAACCAAUUUGGCUUUCUGACUUUGUAGUUGAUAACCAGGGGCCACAACGACAAUAUCCAAACUGUGGAUUAUAAUUCGUUUUAACUUUUUUAAAGAACAUCAUGAAGGAAAGAGUGAAAAUCACAUUGCCACUGGAAAUCUUCAAGAUAAUACCAUUUAACGCAUAGACCAUCAACUCUAAGAUUUCUAGAUUUAGUUGAAUACAUGCUACAUUUUGGGAGUUUUAUGUCAUCUUCCUUGAAAUCUUCCAAUUGAAAAAUCACUUUCACCUCAAAAAAAUAGUGAUGAAAUUUGCCAUAUGGGGUUGCCUGAUGCAAGACUGUUUGCAGUGUUUAACCCACAGAACUUUCUAGCAUGAAGAGUUUAUACCAAGAUCCCUACAGUACUAUAGUCAAACAUAACAACAUCUAUAUUCAGCUGAAUGGUAUUCAUUAUAAUGUCAUAUUAUGUACUUGAUAAUAAGCAACUGUAACAGUGAAGAAAAGGUCGGCUCCAAGCUGAGCAGAAUCCCCAUGGAAUAAAGUCAGCAUCUUUGUGGUUCUGGGUAGCAUGUAUUGACUUGCAUUUCAAAGACAAAGACUCUUUUAUAAGACUUCAUUCUUGUCUUUCCACAAUAUACAAAUGCUGGACAUGUACUAGUAUCUUAGAAGAAAGAGUCCUCGAUUUCGGUAUUUUAUAGUAGUUAUUGUCUGGAAAACUAAUUUGUUUGUGUUAAUAGAUUUCUACUUUCCCUAAUUUUCAAACUGGUUGCCUACAUCUUUUGCUAUAUUGAAGGCACAUUUUUGCACUAUAUUAGUGCAGCAUGAUGGGCACUUAACCAGUAUUGCCAUAGAAACUGCCUCUUUUCAUAUGGUAUGAAGACAUCUGUGCCAAGAGGGUUCUGGAGACAUUUGCAAUUUCUUGUACCCUGAAGAGAAUGGAGUUCAGUUUGAAUGGCAACAGGAUGGAAUCAGCUAUGACACCUGCUGUGUGCACUCUUCCUCCUCAACACAGCCACUGCAAAACUGGCAACAUGGUUGUAACCUAAGUGUUAAGGUCCCCAGCCCAUGAACCCUCAAAAGGUGGAUCCCUCUAGUUGAUUUGUAAUUGUUCUUUGAAGGCUGUUUAUGACUAGAUUUUUAUAUUUGUUAUCUUUGUUAAAAAAAGAAAAGAAAAGAAAAAAAGGAACUGGUUGUCUUUUUAAUUUCAAGCAGAUGGAAAAAUAACGUAUCAAUGAUUUUUAUAACUAAAAGAAGCCAAAAUUAUGUGUUGAUUCUUCUUUCUCCCUGAUUUGUUUCUCAGUUUUAGAUUCAAAGUCUGUCCUGCAGGCAUUAUUUCAAAAUCUCAUAGUCUUUUGUUUUUCUCAUUGGUUAAAUUUGAAGCAGUCUUUUAAAUAUAUGAUUUCAAAAACUAAAAUUUGAAAAAGGAAGAAUGAGUAUCUUGUCCAGGACUUCAUUAUGUAUCUACACCAAGGUUGGUCAACAUUUUUUCUUUAGAAUCAAAUAGUAAAUAUUUCCAUCUUGGUCUGUGUUGCAACCUCUCAACUCUGUCAUGUAUAAAGUUGGCACAGAUGAUGCGCAGUAAGAAAAAGAAUGAACAUGACUGCUUUCCAGUUAAAUUUUACUUACAAAAAA